AUAACCGGAAUUCUUUUCAAUAAACUUCAUUCCGAAAUGAUUACUGGCCAUGGAGCCCCAAAAGCUGGCGUUCGUGUUUGGCAUCAUGAGCCAAAUAAAAUUAAAAAAUUUGAGCCUACAGCUGAAUUAAAUAAUGGUCAAGGAGGGAGGGCUUUAAGUCUUUGUCAAAGCCCUUGUGGAGAAUAUGUUAUGACUGCAAGUCAGGACGAAGUUCUUCGUAUUUGGCAUGUUUGGAAAGUAGAUGAAUCUAUGCGUAAACAAUCACAAGAAAAUGUAACAGCAAAUGCUCGUAAACAACUUCAAUAUGCUUUGAAUGGGCACGUUGGUGUUGCAAGUAAUGGAAGAAUUAUUCGUUAA